AUGCCGCCUCGGUCUCGUCCAGAGACAAACACGACGAGCAUCGCAGGGCCCAACAGCCAAAACACCACAGAUUCCCACAAUGGCGUAUCCACCAAGAAACGCCGUCCAGGGCGCCCGCUGCUUUCCUUCGCUGAGCUGGCCGCCCGCAAAGCCGCGCGCCUAUCGAAGCGCAAAUAUCACGAUGAUAACGUAGAGGCCUCUUCAAGCUCGUUGCUGGAAACAGCCCAAGCACGACGCGGAAAUGCUUCUUCCUCCCUUGAGAAGCUACCUGUUGAGCUGCUGGAGAAAAUCUUCCUCUAUGCACUGGAGACGAAUUUUUGCCGAGCGUCACCCUACUUGGCCGCAGCGGUGUCGAGUCAACGAAUCUAUCGUACCUUAAUCCGACUCGCCUUUUUCCGCAAUGAUUUUCCUGGUCCAUCGUCAUCGUCAAACGGGGUGGUAGGCGUUCUUCAGAAUGAAAGUGCACGGGAGAAGAUCGCCGAGGCCCUGAAGCCUGCUGAUUACGACACCAUGCGGCUUGACGACGCGGAACGAGUGUACCUGCAGUCCACAAUACUUAAAUGCAGAUGGUGUACCAAACAAUGCAUACAAGACCAGCUUCCAGCACUGAUGCAGAUGGUCAUUCAAAGACAUUGGGUCGGUGCAAACAUUACUAUCUCGGAUCCUGUGCAGCAAGCGUCUUUGGAUGAAUUAUUGCAGCUUCGUCGAGGUGGCGGCGCUAUCGAGGAUGUCCCCCCUGCUUCCAGCGUGUUGUUUCGGGGAAAUGCACCAAAUGGGAAAACAUAUUACAUGUCCAUAACCCCGCUGGUAUCGGUGAGCAUCAACUGCGCCGAAGCGAGCGUUCGAGACGUCCAUCGUGUGCUCAACGUGCGAGUUAUUCCGGAUUAUUUGCUGCGUGGUCGUCGCAGUGGACACGAUAGGACGUUCUCGUUUGAAGAUGAAGACAUCGACCUUCUCGAAAUAUUUCGUCAUGAAUACGGUUUCGACGGCACUGGGCAUGACAUGUUGUUCUCUCGACCCGCCUUGCAAGCAGGCAUAAAAACCGCACUCGACACUCAGAAUGCGCGCGCUCUUACUUCUCUGCUGAAGGUUGACGAAUUCUUCACUCGUCGAAGGCUUGAAACGGGAUCUGCCGCAUUAAAUGCUAGCCAGGGCGUCGGCGAGUAUUUCGCAAUUCCAGGCGAAUAUUUCCUUCGAGUAGUGCAAAUGCCCAUUUUUGAAGCGUUGCCCUUUUUCAAACUGCUUCUGCGCUGUAAUGCAGAGAGCAUGCCGUCUGAUUCCUCCGAGAUAACGCAAUGGGCAAUGGAGCUGUCUACUGCAACGCCUGUAUCUGAACUGUCCCUUUCCGAAAGCGACGAUGACGAAAGCGACGACGAUAACCUUGAAUAUGACGGGACAAUUAGACGGAGAGCAAGACAGAGAAAGACACCACAGGAAGAUACCGCAGCAUUUGGCCGCUGGUUACUAGAUUUCAUGAUCGAACUGCCACGGUAUGUUGACGAAGCGCGGGAAAACCCCAGUGAAAAGGCAUUGUUCUAUUACGGGGCCAUAAAUUCGCACAGUCACGAGAUGGGGCGACGGUUUCUCGAUGAAGUCUGUAUUGGCAGCAGUCGCGAUGAGUUGACGCAGAGCUGGAUACAGAAAAUGUCGUUUGAUGUAUCGAAGACGUGGCGUGGUUGA